AUGACAUCUCAUGCAUUCGCAGCGCUUGCACACAUCCCAAUCCUUGUCCUCCCAGUGGGCCCGAUACCCCGUGCUGUCUUUGAGAAGUAUGCGGCGGAGAUCAGGACGUUUGAUUCAAUUCGCUUAGGUGAUAUACCUGCUGGCAUGAAGGAUGAGCGAGCCCGUUUCAUGCCAAAUCCACUUUCCAGUGGUUAUCUAUAUCUGAGCUACCCGUCCCAUCCUCCUCCUCCUCGCCAUCUGCCGCUGUCUCUGUUCCGACCGUCUCACUUCACGCUAGGCAUAAUCGGUGUCGCUGCGUGUUCCUCCUCAUAUUCCAUUGCUUCUGCUGUUGAGCAAUUCGAGAAUACUGUGCUUGACAUCUCUCCAGAAGGCUCGACAUUUCCACUGGCCAAAGUCUGCUUUGCCUUUGAGGAUGACGAAAGUGCUGGGAGCACUGGUCUCGGAGACACGUUACCCGGGAUUGUGUCCAUUCCGAGCGUAAUGGGGAACAAGAAACUUUAUAUUGGUACUCUGCUUGCGGAUUUGUGCUCUCACAUUCUAGCUGAACUUGGUCGUGUGUAUCAAGUUCUGGAAAGUCCCGUAGGAAAUGAGUAUUUGAAUUCUGCCCUUUUCCCGACACUCCCUUCUCCCUCUGAGAUGCCGCUUCCUCUCAAUUCCGGAAAUCUCGGACUUCUUGCAUACUCAAGCCAGCCUGAGCUCGAUUCAUCAGGCCUCGCAACACCGAAUAUCCAGAUCAAACGUAGCUCGACUGCUGGACCCGGUAUCAGUCACACGGCAUCCUUUAUCCACCGGCAAUCCACACUUGGUCCCCCAGCGGUCAAGAAACGCGCCAGUGCAAUCGGUGCCGUUUCUUCGCAUGGUAGACUCUACAAGGUUCUUGGUGAUUUCUUCCUGUUGGCUGGUAGGACAGAAGACGCAUCGUUGUGGUAUGCAGAAGCUAUCGUGCUGUUCAAGACCGGGCAGGAUCCUGUAUGGCAUGCCUCCGUUUUAGAAGGGAUGGCAACAGUUUUUGUUCUAGAUGCAUGGUCGGUUGGCCAAGGCUUCCAAUCCUCUGUUAGCAACAACGGUAACAAGGAACCUUGGGCCGACAUAUACGAGCAGCUAUCUCAAGCUGUAGCUCUCUAUCACAAGGCUCCUGUGCCUUCUGAACUUAGCCAGGAUCAUUCACUUCUGGCUCUGACAUAUUGCACAGCUGUCAUGCGCCAGACAUCCCUCCUUUUCUGCAUCUGGUCUACCAAAGGAUGGGGUGCAUUAGCCUUUGCUUCAAUGCUACAACCAGGGUCAACCUCAUAUAUGCAAAAGACGACGUCUGAUAGUUCCUGGGCAAAUUUGGAGCGCUUGAGUAUCGUGUCAGGCGUGUCUCGUUCGCAGAUAGCGAAUGCCGUGUCCCAAGCACACGGUCCAUGGUUACUGCACCUUGGUCCUCACGAGCGGCUUACCAUUUUGCAAUCUAUGGCCAACAUUUAUUCAUGCCUUGGAUACAGGCGGAAGGAAGCCUUCGUUCUGCGCGAAGUCACCAGCUGCAUCAUGGAUCUCAUUGUUUGUGGUCGGGAAGAAAAUGACCUCCUGCGGAAAUCCGACGUUGGAAGCGCAAGCAUAGGCAAUCGCUCCGAGAAUGGCGAUGAAGUUAACAUGGUCGGGAAAGGAGCUGUUGGUGUGCGACCAAACGAGAUCCUGGAAGGCAAUCAGAGCAUCCUGGUACUCCUCAUUCGUGCCUGCAAGGUCCUUGGUGUUGAUCUGGAAGCGGUCGGUGUGGCAAAAGCAGCAGAUACCAGCAGCGAAGUAGAAAGCGGGGACAGCAACAGACCUUCGACAGAGGACUUAGAAAGCUUGGCAGAUGCGGCAAAGGAACCCUUCGGGUGGUCAGAGCUUCAAGUUGGAGUUGUUCGCGAGGCUAUUGCUGUAGCAGAGGCACUUCCUGAUCCGCUCGCUGUGGCGCGAAUAUCACUGUCUGCAUUAAGAACAAUGCACUCAGUGUUGGCCAGUAGUGAUCAAUAUCAUCUGUAUCAAACUGCUGGACGUGCUCUCGCUGCCAUGCGUCGACGCGGUGACGCGCCUGCGGUCGAGUACUGGGCCGGACACCCUAUCAUGAGUCUUUCAUUACUCCCGUUAGCCUUGCACCGCCUGCCAAUUGAAAAUCUAUUCUCCAUGUUGACUGCAAAAUCAUCCACCACUGAUUCGCUCCUUAGUGGGAUCACUGACCCUUUCUUAUACAAUCCCCGGAAAUCAUCAGGACCGCAGGGCAAAAACUUGAUUGUUCAAGGUGAACCUAUUGAACUCACGAUCACCAUACGCAAUCCUUAUGUUUUCGAUCUGGAAAUCCAAAGUAUCUCGCUCAGCACAACUGGUGUGGAGUUUGAAUGCAGUCCCGUCUCAGCGCUCGUCAUUCCUCCCAAUACACUUUAUCCGGUUACCAUCGUCGGCACUGCGAAAACGCGAGGAACUUUGGUUUUCCGAGGAUGCAUUGUUCAAGCUCCUUGGGGAACCGCAAGAGAGUUUCUAUUACCUGUCCCGACUGAUGCCGAUCAGGAUCUGUUUGCACGCCGUCAAAGUGCUGUGAAAUGCGAAAGCGGUCGCACCAAGUAUUGGGGCCUUGACUCUCGUCCAUGGGAGAAGGAUAGGAGACGACUCAGCACACUCCCAUCCCUUAAGAAACAACCUCAAUUUUUACAAUGUGUCGUUGUUCCUGAGCAGCCCCUCCUCCGAAUCAGAUGGACAUCGCUCACACAUGGAGCAGUCAUGCUGUACAACGGCGAAGAAUCGACCAUUCGCUUGACUUUGGAGAAUAUUUCUGCGUUGCCGAUCGAUUUCCUUCGGUUAUCUUUUGAAGACUCCACUAUUGGUCCCGCACAAGAAGCUCUGUCCGAGGGAGAACUAUCCGUCUUCGAAACAUAUGAGACAGAAUACGAUCUUCUGCACCGAAAGGCGUUUUCAUGGCGCAAUGACAAGGAGAUUACCAACAUUUUGCCAAAACAAAAGGUAAUCCUUUCUGUGACAUGUGUAGGGAAAGUUGGAUGUGCACAUGGUACCGUUCAUAUCUCAUAUUCCCAGGUCAAUCGAGAACACGAGGAACAGGUUCCCGCAUCCGAGGUGUUUUACACUCGGCAGUUGUCAUAUCCUGUGACCGUGACUGUUUACCAUAUGCUGGAGUGUCAUGAUCUGAGGCUCAUACCAAUGGUUGAUGUGGACUAUGAUGACAUCGGUCACCGGACUAGCAAUUCCGUGACACAACUCCUUCCAGAAGUCGACGAUCCAGCAGAAUGGUGCUUGUUUGCGAUUGACGUCCGCAACACAUAUGGACUCCCGUUUGAAGUCACAUUCGAACGUGAACAAGCUGGAACGAAAAGUGCAGCUGUUCCAUCGACCGUUCCUCCAGGGUCAAUGUCACGCAUCAUGCUUCCGGUUAGGAAGUUUAGACUAUCAGAUGAUCAGAUUUCGCAACCCAUACCGACAUUAUCAGACCGUCAGUUCGUCGUCGGAAAGUCCAAGCUGUCUAUAGAAGAGGAACAAGCUCAACGAGAGCUGUUCUGGUAUCGUGAAGAGCUACUCAAGAUCGUUUCUGCUCGAUGGAAAGAGACGAAUGGCGAUAGACACGGAGAUCUCUCGCUGCGACAGCAACGGAUGACGCUCCCGAUGUUAAAGGCCUUGCGGACAGACGUGGUGCAUGUUGACUUGACCUUAAUAGUGGACAGCCAGGACAGUUCACCCCAAGAACUCGAUUAUAUUGGAGGCAAAUACAUUGCUAGUCCAAACGAGAUGCUCUACCUUCGCGUCGAGGUCACUAAUUCAUCAUUAUCGUCUCUCACGAUGGCACUAGACUUGUUCUUUGAUCCAGCUGAACACGUCCUUUCGGAAGGUGUUUUAUCUAAUAUUGCAGUAGGGAAACUGGAAAGCGAGGAAACCAGGGCUGUGGAAGUCCCACUGUGCUUCCUCUGCGCUGGUCGUUUCGAGAUUGGGGCGGAAGUUCGGGUAAUGGGAGCUCCAAAGGACAGUCGGGCAGGUGCUAGUAGACUUUGCAUCUCUGUUAGAGAAGAUGGAUAG